AAUGAAGACGCAAAACAACCCGAUGAACCAAAAGAACAGCCAAAGAAUGAAGUGCCCAAAGAACAACCAAAGAAUGAAGACGCAAAACAACCCGAUGAACCAAAUGAACAGCCAAAGAAUGAAGUGCCCAAAGAACAACCAAAGAAUGAAGACGCAAAACAACCCGAUGAACCAAAAGAACAGCCAAAGAAUGAAGUGCCCAAAGUACAACCAAAGAAUAACGAACCUAAACAACCGGUAGAUCCUCCAGCUAAGGAACCAGACGUUAUAACUACAAUAUUCAAAGUAGUUUAUACAACAUUUACAAUCACCAUCACGAGUAUAAAACCAGGAUAUAGUACUAUCAUAACCACAACAAAUAAUAAAGGAGAGCCUACGUCAUAUCAAACUUAUAUACCACCGACUACGGUAGUUAUCGUUAAGAAGAUUACGUCUCCCCUUCCAGUUCCAACCGGAGAUCAAGUUGCUUUCGGUGAAUCUCUCAUUCUUGACGGAUAUCAGGGGAUUUUGGGGGUUUGGAUAAGUUUAAUAAUUGUGAUUGCGAGUAUGGUAUUUUCGAUGGUUGCGUAA